AGAAGAAGAAGAAAAAGAAAAGUUAAAAGAGAGGGAGGAAGGAAAGAAAGAAGGAGGAGAAGGAGAAGGAGGAGAUCGACGUUCCAAGUCGGAGCAAGGACGAGGACGACGAGGACGAGGACGACGACAACGGCGGCGGCUACGCUACGUUAGCAGCCAAGUGUCGCGAGAGGUGAAUUAGCGCGAGGGUGGAACACACUUGCGCAAUAAUGGCGGAGGUGGCUACGAAGAAGUCAAUAAGCGUAGUAAGUAAUAAGAAGAACAACGAGGUUUGCGGUGUUCAAUCUAACAACGGUUUGAUCGAAUUGGAUAAUUUAACCGCGAGUAACAAACAACUAAUAUCAUUAUGCGACAACCAUGACGACGAGGACGAUCUCGUAUUAACGAACAACACGCGUAACGAGUUAAACACGGAUGACAAAAGUCUACAAGAAUUGAUUGACAGUGAAUUGGCAUUGAGAAUAUGUUCGCCCAAUGAUAAAGAAGAAGAAGAGGAAGAAAAACAAAACGAUGAGGUGGUGGUGUUGAAUGAUGAUGAUAAUGAUGAUGAUGAUGAUAAUGAUGAUAAUAAUAUUCAAGUUGUUGAAAAAGAUAAUAUUGAUGAAGAAUCAUCUAAUCAACCUGAUGCAGUUAAAAGGAUUCUUCUUGAACGUCACGAGGAUCCAUUUCGGGUUAACACGGAUUUCAUCGUUGCCGAAUUGGAACAUUGUGCAUUGAUAGAAGAACCAUAUGGUUAUCAAAAUGGUCACGUAUCACCUAUAACUAAUGUUAAACCUGAUCAAACUAAAGAAACUAAAGAUGAAUUAGAGGAGAUAAUAUUUGACGAAGUUAUCAAUGAAAAUAUCGAUGUAAUACAAAAUACUAAUGUCAGCAUAGAUGAGAUUGAUCGUGGCAAGAUGAUGGAUGAAAUAUCAAUCGAGCAUGACGAUAAUAAUUUAUUAUUAAAAUCCGACAAAUGUGACGAUGAAUCAGUCGUUAAUGAAUCAAAUGUUAAAUUGGAAUCGGAUGAUGUUGACAUUGAUGAUGGUAUUUCUAACACUGUUGAUCCUUCAUCAAACAUAAUACGUCAAGACAAGCAUCAACAGGAAGAGGAAUCAUUACCAACCAAAUUCUUGUUAGAUUCCAAUGAAAAAUUAAUUGAAACUGAAAUUGAUCAUGAUAAUCAUCAUCAAGAUAAGAUUUCUGAUAAUUGGACUGAACAACAACAACAACAAUUGGGUGGACAAUUUUCCGAUAAUUUUGAUGAUGAAACUAUCGAUAAAAAAUCUGAUAAAGAAUCGUCAGAUCCAAUUAUGAUGAAAGAAUCAAAUUCGGAAAUGACCAUGGAAUAUUUUCAAAUGACGGAAAAUCAUGAGAUAUCAGAUGAAUCGAUUAUUAAUAUGACGGAUUAUGGUUUGAUUAAAAUCGAGGAAAGUCCUCAAGACGUUUCUUGUACUCAAUCGAGAAGUUUCGAUGACGUGACCUUGAGCCAAUCGGAAACAGCAUCGACCGAUGCUGCCAGUACGCAAGAAUUCAUUGACAUGGAAAGACGAGUUUUAAAUGAGGAAUCUUCAGUAUUGGAACAUAACAAUCAAGAUGAUAAUACAAAAGAAGAUUCUGAUAAUAUUAAAAAUGAUAAUACUAACGAAACUAUUGUACAAUCUGAUAUGAUGAACAAUGAUGAUGAUAUUAAAACAGAAACUUUGGAAAAUGUGCAAUGUCCAAAAUCCGAAUCAACGAUUUUACUUGAAAAAACUGAAGUUGUUGUUUCGGAAACUAACGUUACGAUAUUUUCCGAAACUAAACGUGUCGAAUUAUUAGAUACAGUAACACAAUCUGAGGAUAAUAAUCAAAAACAUAAAUUUGAUUCGUGGAUGACUGUAGAAGAAGCUACGAGAAUCGAUGAUGAAGAAGAUAAAAUUGAUAAGGAUAAACAUCAUGAAGAGAUACAUACGAUUAUUAAACGUGAUGAAGAUACUAACGAAACGAACAUAAUUGAUAAUGAUAAAUCGGUUCAAGAUGAUCAUCAUAAUAAUCAUCAUCAUCACCCUGAUUCCUCUCCCCGUGCACCCUUAGCCACUCCGGAUGACGAGACGAGCGAUAUUAUUAACCUGUGUGAUAGCGAAAGUCGCGAGGAGAAGAUAACAACGAGCAGUACGACAACAACGACAAAGGUGAUGAGCAGCAGCACGUCAAAGGGUGCUGCUAAUAAAACGAAGAAGAAGAAAAUCGAAGGGGUAGCUGGUAACGAUGCUUGCCCUAAUCUCACUCCUCGUACUAAGAAAACUAAGAAGAGUAAGAAGAGCGAUUUAGAAAAGGAAAAUAUUUCUGUCAACUCUGAUUUGCAAGACGCAAGCAUGUAUACCGCCGAUACGAGAUCAACCAAUCAAGAGACGAUCGAUUUCUCCGACGAGGAUGAUCUAUCAAACGUCAACGUUAAAUCGUUGACACGGAAUUACGUGUCCGAGGCGAAUCGUAACGAGCAGGAAAAAUCUAACAAGGAAAGAAUUGCAACAGGUGUUUCUAUUAAACAAUUGUGUCGUAGCUUUGGCGACAUCUCGAACAUGAGCGAUGCUGAUCAGGCUACUUUCGGCAGAACGAAUUCCGUGGAAAUUGAGGAGAAAGCAAAAUCAAUGGGUGAUCUGAGAUUAUGCGAGAAGGGUUACUCCGAGUUCUGCAAAGACGCUAAUGUUUUCGCCGGGGUUUCGGUCAAGACCCUCAAAUCGAGUUUCAACAAAUUCGACGCUCUAAGCAAAAAAACGGUCCUCCAUGUUCGUUCGGUGGAUGCAGGAAAAGUGCAACAACAAUUAAAUGCCGUUGGACAAAAUGGCGAGGCGGCAAACCAAAAUUGCCGCAGUUGCAACAAGGUCGUGUUCCAAAUGGAACAAACAAAGGCCGAGGGUCUGGUCUGGCAUAAGAAUUGCUUCCGGUGCAUACAGUGCAGCAAGCAGCUUAACGUAGACAAUUAUGAGAGCCAUGAGAGUACUCUUUACUGUAAACCCCACUUCAAGGAACUUUUCCAACCUAAACCGGUUGAAGAGUCUGACCAACCUGUGCGACCUCGAAAACCGGAGCUGAUCAUACGUGAGAACGAACCUAAAGAGCUGCCGCCCGAUGUGGUCAGAGCAUCUGACAAACCAGAUCUUGGAUUGGAAGAAUUGUCAAGUUUGAAUGUAAAGUCUCGUUUUCAAGUAUUCGAAAAAGCUGGAACAGAAAAUACAAACGAGAUAGAAAAAUCACCAUCUCAGAUAGCUGUAAAAAGAUCACCGAGUAUUCUAAGCAAACUUGCCAAGUUUCAAGCAAAAGGCAUGGACAUCGGGGUCGCGGACGAAUCUCUUAAUGGAAUUCCCUAUGAAGAAUCCAGCGAGAGUGAGGAGGAAGAUGCUACUGAAGAAAUUGAAGAGAUUGAUACAGAAAUCGUGAAAGCGAAACGUACUACUCGUGAACGUCCGAUAAGUUUCUCCAAAAUGGAUGAUAUUAAAAAUCGAUGGGAAAGUACCAGUCAACAAGGAAGACGUGAAGUUCAACGUGAAGCUAGAAAGGAAGAAAUUGCUGGAAUACGUUCUAGACUUUUUAUGGGCAAACAAGGUAAAAUGAAGGAAAUGUACCAGCAAGCGGUUGCCGGAAGUGAACGGGUAACGAAGAUAAACGCCGCGGAAGAAAUCCAACACUCGACCCACGCUCGUUCUAUCAAAGAAAGAUUCGAAAGAGGGGAACCUAUCGCAGCAUCUGACGAUGAAACUGACAACACUAAACCAAAACCGGAGAAGGCCGAUGAAGAGGUCAUAGCUGCUGGUAUCAGCCGAAAAUCAAGAUCCCUUUUCUUAGAACUCGAUGCUUCUGCUGCUAAAACUGGACGUCCUGUUACUCCCGUUAAUCCAAAAACACCUGCUGACACACCUAGACGUGCACGUGACGCGUUUAUGGUUCGUCAAGUAUCGGACGACGUCGUAAGAAGUUCAGACACAACCGAGGAAGUUCACGUCGAGACGUCGGAUAUUUCGAACAAGUUCAAAUUUUUUGAAUCUUACAAGGAACCGGAGAAACAACGGAAGCAAUUUCGAAUUACACCACCACGUGAUGGCCAAGUCAAGAUGGAUUCGCCGGAGCGUGAAAUCUAUCGUGAUCCUGAUGUUGUAAGGGCCGACGAUAGGGUAGACGAAGUGGUACACACAGACACAGCUAGAAAGAUGCUCUCAAUCUUCCGGCAAAUGGAAGAGAAUGCGUGCAAAGAGGAAUUGCCUGAGGGACCGAAACCUUUGAAACGUUUCACGCCACCACCAGAGGACAAGUUUGCGAAACAAACCGCCUCCGAUUCUGAGGAAGAAGAAGAAGAGGAAGGUGAGGAAUCCGAAGCUGACGAAAGUGCCGAAGAAAGAGAUCCGAAUUAUGUCAGAGCCUCUGAUAAGGUAGAAGAUGAAUUUUUAAAACAAGCACAGAAUGCCGCGCGCGCCAAAACAUUGCGCGCGAAAUUCGAACACUGGGAAGAGACGGAUGGUAAACCGAGUAAUCAUAACAUCGCCGAAAUGGAAAUUGCUCAAAGUACAGGUGAUCAAUCGAGCAUAGAAUCUGCUAGCAGUCUCAGAGCUCGUUUUGAAUCACUCGGAUCACAGACCAAUGAGUCUCCACGUGCGCCAAAAAUUAAAGUUAACCGAUUUGUGGAAAUUCAAGCAAGUUGCACAGAUGUAUGUGAAAGUUGCGAGAAGAAGGUAUAUCCACUUGAGAAGGUUGAAACAAAUAACAAAAUUUUUCACAAACAGUGCUUCCGGUGUCUUCAAUGCAAUUGCGUUUUAAGGAUGGACACGUUUACGUUAAACAAUGGUAAACUAUACUGCAUCCCACACUUCAAACAACUUUUCAUAACGCGAGGCAAUUACGAUGAAGGUUUUGGCGUAGAUCCACACAAGAACAAAUGGGCGACGAGCAGUUCGAAUCAAGCUAACGUAUCACCACCAAUCGCAGUAUCCAACGGUGAUCUCUGAUUGGUCAUUGAUUCUCCCUCCACCUAAUUGGAUCCCCCUCUCCUUCUUCUCAUCCAAUAAUCCUCGCGUAUCGCGAUUAAACACAUAUAUAUAUAUAUUCGAAUAUUUUGUAAAUCCUACUUUGUUUUUCUUUUUCUUUUUCUUUUCUAUUCUUGAGAAAGAUUAACGAAUGAUCAAUGGUGUCAUUUUAAAUGUUAAAUCGUCAAAUAACUAGAUCCUUCAUAACACAAGACAGUUACAUUUUAUACAAUUGAACAAAAAUAAAAUGAUAGAUGCAAUUUGAUUAAUAAAACAGUAUUUAUAUUUAUA